CUGUCCAUGGACCAAGACCACACCAGCACCACCAAUAGAAGUCACUGCCGGGCGGCCGCACCAACAACCGGAGAGCAGCGGCGAGCACCUUCCAGCUGCUGCCUGCUGCUAUCAUGGCUGCCGCUCCCGUGUCCGUUCCCCGCAUGAAGCUCGGCUCGCAGGGCCUGGAGGUCUCCGCGCAGGGCCUCGGAUGCAUGGGCAUGUCCGCCUUCUACGGCCCGCCCAAGCCCGAGCCCGACAUGAUCAAGCUCAUCCACCACGCCGUCGCAGCGGGGGUCACCUUCCUCGACACCUCCGACGUCUACGGCCCGCACACCAACGAGAUCCUCCUCGGCAAGGCGCUGCAAGGCGGGGUGCGGGAGAAGGUGGAGCUGGCCACCAAGUUCGGCAUCUCCUUCGCCGACGGUAAGCGCGAGAUCCGCGGGGACCCGGCGUACGUGCGGGCGGCGUGCGAGGGCAGCCUCAAGCGGCUGGGCGUGGACUGCGUCGACCUCUACUACCAGCACCGCAUCGACAAGAGGGUGCCCAUCGAGGUCACGAUGGGUGAACUCAAGAAGCUAGUUGAGGAAGGAAAGAUAAAGUACAUUGGAUUAUCUGAAGCAUCUGCGUCAACAAUUAGAAGAGCUCAUGCAAUCCAUCCUAUUACAGCAGUUCAACUGGAAUGGUCAUUAUGGUCUAGAGAUGCAGAAGAAGAUCUAAUUCCUACUUGCAGGGAACUUGGAAUUGGAAUAGUGGCCUACAGUCCACUAGGCAGGGGGUUCUUGUCCAGUGGAGCAAAACUGGCUGACUCACUGUCCGAGCAGGAUUUUCGCAAGUAUCUACCUAGGUUUCAACCAGGAAAUCUUGACAAGAAUGCUCAAAUAUUCGAGCGCGUGAAUGAAAUGGCAGCAAGAAAAGGAUGCACACCAUCACAACUUGCAUUGGCUUGGGUUCACCAUCAGGGAAACGAUGUUUGCCCCAUACCAGGCACAACAAAAAUCGAGAAUUUCAACCAGAAUGUGGGGGCCCUGUCUGUGAAGCUGACACCAGAUGAGAUGGCCGAACUCGAGUCGUACGCUGCUGAAGGUGAAGUCGUGGGUGACCGGUAUCCUCAGAUGGCCAACACCUGGAAGGAUUCUGAGACACCGCCAUUGUCAUCCUGGACAUCUGAAUAGUUCAAUACAAUAUCUUGAACUGCCGUAUCUACAAGUUGUUGGACUGCAGAAGAUGCUGGGUUCUUCAUUGUAAGGGUGUCCGUAUGACGUGCUUGUCUUUGCAGGUCAUGAUGUGUGGUAGUGAGUGUGUAUGACAUACCUCCGUGUCGUAUAUCCGUGCUCUAGUGGCGUGAUGAAUAAGCUUGUGCACUGUAUCAUGAGUAUUUAUCAUAGUACAAGUACAUUGAAUUUUGCAAUAGAUGGAGGUGCACUUUUCUUUUUUGAUAA